AUGAAUGCUCAUUUGAAGCUGUUUUGCUAUCUGGCUGUGCUUGCCGAUGCGUAUGCUGAGCCCGGCCGUGCCGCCCUUGCAGACAGCGUGGGUGAAUUUUCGGUCAAGGGGAGUCGGGAAGGGGUGCGGCUGUCGUACCAGUCCACCGUGGAACAGAGGCUGGGCGAUUUAUGGACGAAGGUCAUGCCGGCUUUCAGUCGGAUCGUUGCGUUGAGGCGAAACAUCACGGAGAUGAAGAAGUUGGCGUGGCAGUUUGGCCUCGGACCCGACGCCAUGUGGGUCCGCAUCGUCUGGUUGUACGACUUAUCUCGUUGGUUGACGAAGCAUGGUUUGAGUUCUCCAUGA